UCAGUUUCGGUCUGCGGGGCCGCACCUCGCUUGAGCGGCGCCAUCUGGGUUGGUGUCGCGGAGCGGCUCCGGAGCAGAGGGGAGCGAGCCCGCCGCGCCCCCUCCCCCCCGUCUGACCCCGCGAGCCGACAUGGGGCUCGCCUGCCGCCUCUCCGCGCUCGGGCUGCUGCUGCUGCGCGCCCUGCCGGUAUGCACCCAGUCUCAAGAUCAAGAGUCUGUGUUUGCCAUUGUGGGAGAAGAUUUUACUUUUUCACCAAAAGUUAUCGGAACUAUAAAAGAAAUUACCUGGAUGAAAAGAAAAGAUAAAGUGGCUGAAUGGGAAGAUGGUGUUGGGUCACCUACAUAUUAUUCUAGCUUAGCAGAGAGAGGAAAGCUUGAGACAUCUUCUGGCAAUUUUACCAUCAAAAAGUUAAACGCUGGUGAUGCUGCAGAGUAUGAAGCACAAGUUCUGCCUGGUAAUGAAGGCCCGCUCCAAUAUACAAAAUUUAUACUUGAAGUAUUGGAUCCUCCUCCACCAUCAGUAUUAAAUUGCAGCGACACUAAUGGUCAAAUUAGAAUAUCAUGUGCGAUACAGUUCUCGAAGGAUGUGCGUUACAGUUGGUAUUGGAAUGACAGAAAAAUUGAUGCUAAUAGUCCUGUUCUUGAACUUAAAGAAAAUGCAGACCCUUCAGGGAAAGUUUUGUGCGUCAGAGAAGUUUCCAAAACAAAAAUCAACGACUCAAUCUCUCUGAGCGUGUGCUUCCCAAAGAGUGAUAAAAGUAUUUCAAGAGGUAGAGAUGGUUUAAUAGCAAUUUUUGUUAUUCUUCUUCUUAUCCUUCUAUUCGUGGCCGCACUCUUCGUUCUGCAGAAAAGAGGUUUGCUUUCCAGCCUUCACCAUCGGAUACCCACAAAGCACUCAGCUGCAUAUAAGCCUGAAGAACAACACCUUACAGACGAUGAUAGAUUCCCGGAAGAAAGUGGCCAAACAGAAGGUUACACACCUGCAGAUCCUGAAUAUAAAAAUUCACGUGAUUUUGAAGUUGCACCUCAUCAAUCAGGCGAAGCAGCAAAGUCGAUGCAGGUAGGAGAAGAUGUGCGAGUGAGCCUCCAGGACAGUAACGAAAGCCAAGCUGAGAGAGGAAGCCACAAGAAAGAGGGAAAUUUAGUCCACACAUGGACGAAAAAAAUUAGGGGGAACAUUGAUCGGGUCAGAUUGGGCCAGACACACAAGACAGAUGAAGAGAAGAGCUCAAAAGAGACUGAAUCAAUGAACCAACCUGACCCUCCCUCCAAUGAAGAGAAUCCAGACUAUGAAAAUAUCUCCAAGGAGAAUCAGGAGCCAGAGGAAAAGAAGAACUCAAAAGAGACUGAAUCAAUGAACCAACCUGACCCUCCCUCCAAUGAAGAGAAUCCAGACAGUGAAAAUAUCUCAAGCAGGAAUCAGAAGCCAGAUGAAGAGAAGAGCUCAAAAGAGACUGAAUCAAUGAACAAACCUGACCUUCCCUCCAAUGAAGAGAAUCCAGACAGUGAAAAUAUCUCAAGCAGAAAUCAGGAGCCAGAUGAAGAGAAGAGCUCAAAAGAGACUGAAUCAAUGAACCAACCUGACCUUCCCUCCAAUGAAGAGAAUCCAGACAGUAAAAAUAUCUCAAGCAGGAAUCAGAAGCCAGAUCUUAAACUGCAAAGUGAGGCAGACUAACAACACAAUGGACUAAACUUCAUUGCGGCAUGACAAAAGACACUGAGAGAAGAACUAGCUUCUCUGGAUGUUGCCCACGAGUGCUGGAGUUCUCCUUAACAGAUGUGUUUUGAAGAUUUGUUUAUUUGUUCUCAAGCUUCAUAGACUAACAGGGUUGGAAGGGACCUCAGGAAGUCAUCUAGUCCCAAUCCCCAACUAAAUCCCUAAGUGGCCCCCUCAAGGAUUGAGCUCGCAGCCCUGGGUUUAGCAGGCCAAUGCUCAAAUCACUGAGCUAUCCCUUCCACCAAUGCCCACUUUUAUCUUUCCAGGAUGGACGCUCUUUCUUCAUUGUCAGUUAUUUUGAAAAUGGACAGAGUGAGUCAAGGAGCCAAGUCCCUUUGCAUCCGUGCUUCUUUUUGUACUUUUGUUUUACAAGCAAGUGAACAUGAAACAUAGGAGCCAGGUUUAUUUAUGUCAAUGUUUCCAGACAUUAACUAACACAAGAGAAUGGGGACAAAUAAAAAACUAAUGGGCGUGAUAUAAAACUCUAACUGUAACAUUAUUUAAAUUCAGAAGAGAAGAGUGUUCAGAGGGCGACUCUCAUUUUCUCCGCCUCCCUAUCUGAAAGGAAAGGCCACAACGACACUGUCCAUGCAGAGAUGAGCAACAGCUUUCCUGGCUCUUGUUUCUAUCUGUCCUUCCAGAAAGCACCACCAUCACCUUCCACCACCACCACCAAAUUCUGAUUUUUUUUGAAUAGCACAAGGCAGACACCCCUUCUUGCUCAAUGGAGAUGGUAUCAACUCUGCUAUUUACUCUAGCCCAGCGGUUCUCAAACUGUUGGUUGGGCUCAAUAGUGGGUCACGGCCCUGUUUUAAUGGGGUCACCAGGGCUGGUGUUAGACUUGAAGCCAAAGUCUGCGCCCCUCCGCCCAGGAGGGGGGCUGAAGCCAAAGCCCGAGGGCUUCAGCCUUGGGCAGCAGGGCUCAGGCUUCAGCUUCAGCCCUGGGCAGUGGGGCUCAGGUUAUGGUGCCCCCUCACCCCCACCCAAGGGGGCAGGGCUCAGGCUUUUUCCGUCUUCCUGGAGUCGUGUAGUAAUUUUUGUUGUCAGAAGGGGGUCACGGUGCAAUGAAGUUUGAGAAUCCCUGCUAGCCAAACAAUGUAUCCUCAGACUCCAGGGUAAGUGUCAAGCAAUUGCGUCUGUGGCACCCACAACUGUGUCAAAACAGCUGAUCUGAAAGCAUCAGCACAGACACUUCAUUCACUAUCAGAAGGAGAUUAUCAACCAAUGAAACCAGUAGAGUCUCUGUGCCAAACCCAGGUCUCAAACUGGUGUGAUCAGAGUCACGGCAAUUGGAGGACUCCAGAUACUGAACGUCAUUUUUCCCUCUGUAAUCUUCUUCCCAAAGAAGGAAACCAUUAACAGUCACUUUCUUAAGAAAGAGUGGCACCCACUUGCAUAGGUCCCUCCAACUGAAUGUUGUGCAAAAAGUAAAGAAUCAACCACUGACCAGGAGAAAGGUAUUCCAUUUUUAAUAUUGUUUCAUUGCAUUACUUUAAAAUGUUUUUAGUAACACCGAUAAAGAGUUUUUAGAAAUAGGGCCAGAUUUACUGGUAUGUUCCAGCUGCUUUGCAUUAUAGCCCAUGAGCUUUAACUUGACAACAAACCAAAUUAGUGUCCAAAUUGAUAUGAUAUUGAAGUCAUAAGAGAAAGUCAAACUCAUAGUGCAGCUCUGGGUUAUCCUUUCCUAUGAGCAAGCCUUUCAACUGCUAACGUUCUAGGGAAAGUGCACAUCUUACUUUCAUGCCAUUAGGGUGCCAAAAUUUAAUAACCAGAUUGUUUGAUGCACUCCUUUGUGAUUAUAGAGCUGGUUACUCACUUAAUGCUCACCCAUUUUUGCAUGACACUUGAAAAUCUAUAGAUGCUAUACAGGAAUUAGAUAUUAUCCCCUUUUUACAGAUGGGAAAAGAAAGGCAAAAAAGUUUAAAACUGUAUUUUCAAAAGACCCCGCAAAUUUAGGGUGCCCUUUUGAGAUACGUGGGGCUUAAUUUUUCAGACGUGCUGAGCACCCACAGCUCUCACUUCAGCAUCUCUGCAAGUCAAGGCUUUGAUGUAUGAAGUUAGCAACCCAAAAAAUCUACAUACUUUAGGGCAGUGGUUCUCAAAUAUUUUUCUUUGUGGACCACUUGAAAAUUGCUGAGGAUCUGAGUGGACCACUUAAUGAUCUUUCCAGAUGUUGUUUGUACCGUUAGCUAACUAUUGCAAAGUGCUUUGGAUAAAAGCACUAUAUAAAAAAAAUCUUAAUAUUAACUUUUUUUGUUCCACUAAUAAAACCACACAACUCAUUUUAAUAUCAGUAGUCUUACCUUUCUAAUGCAAUGGAUGUGCCCUCUCUCCCCCGAGCUGUAGCUGGGAAGGAGGGGCGUCUCUCCCCCACCACAGCAGCCUCAGAGCUGAGGCUGGGAAGGAGUGAGUUCUCUCCUUCUCUCCCCUACUGCAGCAGCCCCCAAACUGGGGCUGGGAAGGAGGGGUGUCUCUCCUGGCAGCCGCAGUCCUGGACCUGGGGACGGUCGCCUCUUUCUCUGGCCGCUGCAGCCCUGCACAUCCCAAAUUCCCCCCCCCCCCUCCUCACCCCACUGCC